AUGGCGGACCCUCUUGCUGGCGUUGAGGCAUACCUCUUCGAUGUCUUCGGAACUGUAGUAGACUGGUACGGCAGCGUCAGUCGCAGUCUCAAGGAGUCUGCUCCAGCCUCCUUUCAAGACGAAGAUUGGGGCGACUUCACCAAGGAAUGGCGGAAGGGAUACAUGGAAUACACGCGUCGUGUAUCGGCGGGCGGUCCUGGGUCCAACAAUGCCGACAUCAUGCAUCGCGAGAUCCUCGACGAGAUGUUUGUCUCUUCGAAGUGGGUGCACCUCGCUGUACACUACGAUGAUAAGAAGAGAACCGAUCUCGUAAACCUCUGGCAUCAGCUACAUGGAUGGCCGGAUAGCAGUACUGGCCUGCACGCGUUGAAGAAGAGAGCCAUAAUAUGCACGCUAUCAAACGGGAACGUUCGACUGUUGGUCGAUCUGGCGAAGUUCUCCGAUCUGCCUUGGGACGUCGUGUUCUCCGGCGAGUUGCUGGGGUCCUACAAGCCAAACCCGAAGGUGUACCUCGGCGCAAUUCAUCAUCUCUCGUUGCCUGCGGAGAAGUGCGCGAUGGUCGCGGCGCACGUUUAUGACCUCCGGGAGGCUGCUGCCCAUGGGAUGAAGACCGUGUACGUCCGGCGCGCGACGGAAGAGCCAGAGGUUCACGCGCAGAUAAAGAGCAAGGCGGAAGGCGGAGAGGUGGACCUCGUUGUGGAUUCGUUCGAGGAGAUCGUAGCGCAUAGUGUGCCGUGA